AUGUCUUCGACAAACGCCACGGCCGAGAACCGUGAAAGGCUCAAGGGGCACAUGUCCAAGUACGAAGGAGGCGCCUACGCGGAAGGCUGGGCCGAGUUGUGGAACAAGGGAGACUUCUUGCCCUGGGACCGUGGAUCUCCAUCCCCAGCCCUCGCCGACACGCUGAUCAACCACGCCGAUGUUAUUGGCAAUGCCCUUCUCGCCCCGUCGUCAGCAAAUGGACAGAAGCAGCGGAAACGCGCAUUAGUCCCCGGCUGUGGCCGCGGCGUGGAUGUUUUACUACUCGCCAGUUUCGGAUAUGAUGUGGUCGGGCUAGAAUAUGCUGAAAAGGCGCUUGAAGCCUGUGAAAAGUAUGCGGCUGAGAACGCCGCCAAGUAUCCCGUCUAUGAUGAGAACAUCGGGAAGGGAAAAAUGGUCUUUCUCCAAGGGGACUUUUACAAUGAUCAAUGGGUGGAAAAGGCGAGGACAGAGCUGGGUGCUGGUAGUGAGUGGGACGGCAAGUUCGAUCUCAUUUAUGACUAUACUUUCUUCUGUGCAAUGCGCCCAGGCAUGCGUCCUGCUUGGGCGAAGCGCAUGACCGAACUCCUCCGCCACUCCCCUCGAGCAAAUCUUGUGUGCCUCGAGUUCCCAGUUACCAAGCCUGUCAAAUCUGGCGGACCCCCUUACGGCGUCGCUUCAAAGACAUACCUCGAGCAUUUGAGUCAUCCAGGAGAAGAAAUCCCCUAUGACGAGGAAGGCAAUGUCAAAAUGAACCCACUAGCACCAUCCAGCCUCGGUGCUAUGGAAAGGGUGGGGCAUUGGCAUCCUGCCGACACGCACAAUGUGGGCAAGGACAAGAACGGAAAUGUAGAGGAUUAUAUCUCGGUUUGGCGUCACCGCUGA